AUGCUGGGGUGGCUCUGUAAUCUGUGGCAGCCAGCGCUGGCGAAGAAGACACGACCAACUCUACCGAUUGGUACGGAUAGCUCUCAACUGCGCAUUGGGAGUUCAAUUCGCCAAUCCGAAGCUGUUCAGAAAGCACUUUUUCCGCGGCGCCGCCAUUUCUCUGACAUCGACAAGCAACAAAAGUCAAACACGAAUAGAUUGCAGGAGCAGGAUCUAAUUUCCAAAGAAUCGGAUCCUCAUCAAUAUACCGCCGGGUAUUGGCUCCACCGCACCCAAUUGCAGCGUCAAGCACGCUCAAUCGACUUCAAUUUCUCAGCACUAUGCGAAAAGGCUGUUGCUGUUUUUCCUGGCGCAGGCAGUGUCGUCCGGUAUGACAAGCUAGAGGGAGGCUUCAAUAGGGCUUUCAUCAUGCACCUUGACAACGACAAGAAGGUCGUAGCUCGUAUACCUUUCCGCGUUGCCGGACCUCGACGAUUGACAACACAUUCUGAGGUGGCAACGAUAAGCUAUAUCCGCUCUUUCACAAAAAUCCCCGUACCCAAAGUCCUGGACUGGAGUGAUGACGACUCUAACCUUACUGGUACUGAAUACAUCAUUAUGGAGCAUGUUCCCGGUGUCCAGUUGGCACAGAAAUGGCCGUAUAUGACCCCACUGCAGCACUUGACGUGUGUCGAGCACCUGGCCGAGAUGGUCAUUGAGAUGGUGAGGCUGCCAUUUCCGGCAUUUGGAAGUCUGUACUUUGCGAACGCUCCGAUUGAUUAUGCGUCGAGAAUCGAAUUCGCGGAAGGAUUCUGUAUCGGACCGCAUUGCGGGCGGACCUACUGGGAUCGCAACGCCAGCGAGGCUCGCUUCUAUAAGGAGAGGCCUCCGAAUCAAGGACCUUGGGCUGAUUUGGAAGCCUACAGCGCUGCUCUGAUCGACGUAGGAUUCUCGCGGAUUCCGAAGGCCGACCCAACAGAGACCAGACUACCGUACCGUGGCUCCGUGCAAGAGCAUCGCCGUCUCCUAGACCACAGUCGAGCCAUCCUCAAAGCGCUGAUCAAAACGCCCACAAUUGAGAACCUAGCCUCCCCAACCCUCCUCCACCCCGAUCUUCAUAUGCGCAAUCUCUACGUAUCCGACGACGACCCCACCUCCAUCACUGCCAUCAUCGACUGGCAAUCCACCAGCAUCGAACCGCUCUUCGCCUACGCCGACUACAUCCCAGACUAUGCCGACAACCCGCUCAAAGACCAGCCAGCCAUGAAAAAGCUGCUCAACCGCGACGACGCAGAAGAGACCCCCGAGACCCGCGAGGAAGAAGCGGCCCGCAAGCGGCAGGAGAACGACGUGGAGCGCUGCAUCAAGAUCUUCGAGGUGAUGAUGCUCGGGUUCGUGCAGAAGUUCCACGAAGCGCGGGUGAUGGGCGACCAGCCGGUUUUACGCUUUAUUCGGUACUGUGACGGGUCGUGGAGGGAUAGCGCGGCGGCGUUGCGGCAGGAGAUGAUUGAGCUGUCGGGACGCUGGGAGGAGCUUGGGCUGCCGGGGGAUUGUCCGUAUCAGCCGACUGAGGAGGAGCUUGCUGAGCAUGCGAAGCAGUAUGAGGACUUUAAGGAGGCUGAGAGGCUGAGGCUGGGGAUAAGGGGGCUCACGGGGUGUGAUUCUGAUGGGUGGGUGGCUGCAGAGGACUGGGAGGCAUGA